GGGUUGGAGCCGCUAGGUGUCUUACUGAGUUCAAAGACCGGGCGAUCGCCGCCCUCAUGAUCAGUAGAACAAGAGAGAGAGCGCAGAUACCGCACCUUCGAUCAAGACGAAGUAUGGCGAUGACUGGCCAGAGCUCGUGCUCUUCGAUGAGUAACCACACCAAGGAACGGGUCACCAUGGCCAAAGUGACCCUGGAGAACUUCUACAGUAACCUCAUUGCUCAGCAUGAGGAGAGGGAGAUGAGACAGCAGAAGCUGGAGAAGGUGAUGGACCAGGAGGGGCUGGCUGAUGAAGAGAAACGUAUCCGGCGUUCUGAGCAUGCCCGGAAGGAAACAGAGUUCCUGCGUUUAAAACGCACUCGGCUGGGACUGGAGGACUUCGAGUCCCUGAAGGUGAUUGGCAGAGGAGCAUUUGGAGAGGUUCGCCUGGUGCAGAAAAAAGACACGGGUCACGUCUACGCCAUGAAGAUACUCCGUAAAGCUGACAUGUUGGAGAAAGAACAGGUGGGCCACAUCCGUGCUGAGCGGGACAUUCUGGUGGAAGCAGACAGCCUGUGGGUGGUGAAAAUGUUCUACAGUUUCCAGGACAAGAUGAACCUCUACCUCAUCAUGGAGUUUCUCCCUGGAGGAGACAUGAUGACUCUGUUGAUGAAGAUGGACACUCUGUCAGAGGAAGCCACUCAGUUCUACAUUGCCGAGACGGUGCUGGCCAUCGACUCCAUCCACCAGUUGAGCUUCAUCCACAGAGACAUCAAACCUGACAACUUGCUGCUGGACGCCAGAGGUCACGUGAAGCUGUCGGACUUCGGCUUGUGCACCGGGUUGAAGAAGGCUCACCGCACAGACUUCUACAAAAACCUGAACCACAGCCUGCCCAGUGACCUCAGUAAGCAAACCUUUCAGAACAUGAACUCUAAGAGGAAAGCCGAGACCUGGAAGCGGAACAGGAGGCAGCUGGCGUUUUCCACAGUGGGAACCCCAGAUUACAUCGCUCCUGAGGUCUUCAUGCAGAACGGAUACAACAAGCUGUGUGACUGGUGGAGCCUUGGUGUCAUCAUGUAUGAGAUGCUGAUAGGGUACCCUCCGUUCUGCUCCGAGACGCCUCAGGAGACCUACAGGAAGGUGAUGAACUGGAGAGAGACGCUCACCUUUCCCCCAGAAGUGCCAAUAUCAGAGAAGGCUAAAGACCUCAUUCUCAGGUUCUGCUGUGAGGAGGAGCACAGGAUCGGUGCUGUCAGCGUGGAGGAGAUCAAGUCCAACCCAUUCUUUGAGGGGGUGGACUACGACCACAUCAGAGAAAGACCUGCUGCCAUUCCCAUAAACAUCAAAAGCAUUGAUGACACAUCCAACUUCGACGAGUUCCCCGACUCGGACAUCCUCACUCCAACUACCACCCAAGUGUCCAAUCACAGCGAGGCUGACCUGAAGAACAAGGACUGGGUCUUCAUCAACUACACCUACAAGCGUUUUGAGGGUCUGACGGCUCGAGGAGCCAUCCCAUCCUACAUGAAGUCAGGGAAGAGAUGACUGGCUGGAAGCGGACCCUGAAGGAGUGCUGUUGCUGCUGCUGUGUGUGUGUGUGUUAACACAUACACACACACACCUCUGCUCAGUUAUCAGAGCAGCAGCCAGCAGAGAACCAAUACAGCGCAUCCUCAUUCAUUGCUUUCCAUAGGAACCUUCAUGGAAACUUGCUGCCUUCACUUUAGUCCAAGCUUCUGAGGGUACCUCUCCACUUCCCGUUGAACUGAGAUGAGUCAGACUUUCUUCCUCUGCACCGGGGAAUGGUGCAUUUUGUCUCCUGGUAACCAGCAUCAUUACAUUCCCUCUCUGUACCAGCAUCGUUUGGCUCAGAUCUACCAAGGGCUCUUCCUCCAGACGGGAGCGUUCUCUUCUAGGCCCACUCUGGGGGCUUCAUCAGCUCAGACAUCGUAUCGAGUCAUCGCUUUGAAGUGAACCGGACGCUCUUCAGGGAUCCUGUCCUCAUUCUUUUCUUCAACAUCACCUAACCAAAGACUGAAAGGACUUCUGCACCAUCUUCCUCUUGGAACUUUUCUUUUUCUAAACUUCCAACUUUGUAUUUUUCUAGGAUCCAGAUUUGCACGAUUUUGCUCUUUAACGAAUGCAAAAAGUGGGCGAAUUAUGCAUUUUGUGGAACAAACACAAGGUCUUGUUACAUUUUUGUGAUGAAGCAUGUAAACUUCAGCACCUUAGGUGAAGUGGCUGAAGCUCCAGCACAGCUAGCACCGUCCCCAGCCUGCUAGAUCCCGCAUUGUGUAAAAGCUUUUUAAAAAAUAUUACCUUUUAAUAAUAAGUAGGGGGACUUCAUUAUUUUAAAAUGGGUUAAUGGCGUCGCUAUGAAAACGAGAGGCUUUCAUAGUUCAGGUCCUGGUUGAAGAAGCUUCAAUAAAAUAAAAAGAAAAAAGAUAAAUACUCUUCUACCAUUCUUCUUUACUUUCAAGAAGUGACAUCAGAUCCCAGAUCAGCUUAUACACACGUGAACGCAUUUCAGUAAACGUACAGCUUAGACUUGCUCGUCGCCUAGGAAACCGCUUGUCUGUUUCCUUCUAGCUGAGAAGCUCUUCCAGCAGAACGUUCUCACACACACGCACACACACACGGACACCUCUGACCCUGCUGUUCUCCAACAAUUCAUCUAAGGGGUUCAGUUAAUUUAAAACGGUUCAUUUGACUCAUUGAUAAAUGGCUAAUUGGAGCUAAUUAAUAAACCUGUAAAGAGAUUAAGAAAAAACAAAACUCUACUUUGACUUGUUUUGACCUAAGAGAUAAAUUUCUGGGUUUUAUUAACCACAAGAAGUAAAACACGUCCAGUCAGGCUCAGACUUACUCACCCUGGCAGGUUCCGAUUUAACGUGAUCUCAACGGGACGUGACUCUGACAGAACCAAAGAUUAGGGUGAUGGAGCAGAAGGCCGUGAAGCUCCUCCAUAAAAAUCAGAAACACCUGGAAGCGAAAACACGUAGAAGCUGGUCAACAAAUAUAAAUAGAGCCAGUUAAGCCUAUUCCAUUGAUUGAAAAAGCCUUUGUUUUUCUUUUUUGUUAAACUGCAAGACAUUUUUAUUUUAUCUCCCAUUUUAGUGGCUCUGCUACAGGAAGUGCCUGUGCCCAAUCAUAAACCAUAAUCCUAAAGCAAACAUAAGAUCUACCAGUAAAUCUGUUGGGUAUAUUAAUAAUUUUUAACGUAACUAUAUGUGAAAUGAACCCCCUAAAGAAAAAUGUUGGUUCCACAUGCAGAGAGUUCCCCCUUUCUGCUGCUUUAACCUCUAACUGGUCACAACAUCGCAGUCGUUCUCUACCUGCUCACGUUAGCUUAGCUAGCUGGAACGUUAGCUGAGGGUCCAGCUGUGUCGAGCUGUCGGGUCGCCUCACUGAGGAUCUGCACAUGUUGCUGGUUUGUUCCUAAGAAAUCCUCCUGAGCAUUCGCUUCAAGCACAGCAACGAACAUCCAGUCUGGAUGUUUCUUUAGUAGCACAGGGCUGAAGACUUUCCAGUGAACACAAUAUCCAAUAUGCUGUCUUAUUUUAUUUUAUUUUUUACAAAUGAAUGUAAAUUUUUGCAGUUUGAUUUUUAGUUUCACUCACAGGAGUUUAAAUAUGUUGCUGUAAGUGAAGCCUGGACCACGUAUGUUUUCAUUUUAUUUGGACUUUGACACUUUAAGUUAUGAGGUGAAGAUCUGUUGAAGCCCAUUUCCGCCCGGUGACACCAGCAGACGCAGGAAGUAGGAAAUGCUUUUAUUUUUGUCAAAUGUUUUGAGUUUUCCCCACAUAAAAAAGUGACAAAGAAACCCAAAUGAAAAAUGUUUAGAAGGUGACAAUCUGAUAUUUCCAGAUAUGUAAAGAGAGAACGUUAAGUGACCUACAACGUGUAUCUUUUAGUCUAAUUUCCAACUUCUUUUUUAAAAUCUAUCCAGUCCAGCAGGAAUGGUCUUCCAUAUCAGUUGCGCUAUAGUGUGUUCAGGUAGAGUGUAUAGAUGGGAAGCAGCACAUUAUACAGUGUUUUAGAGAAGCAUGUGGUGGAGCUUUUUAUUUAAUUAUAUAUAUAUAUAUAUAUAUAUAUAAAUAUAAAUCUAUUUUUUAAACUGCUUGUGCUGUUGAAGAGCUUGUUCUUUUCAGGCUGUAACCAAACAGCAACAUGUACGCUGAAAGCAAUACAGCACAUGGAGUGAUUUCUG